AUGCGGCUCAAGGUGUUCGCAGUCUGGGGCUUGACGCUGGGCUCGGUCAUGAGCGCGCCCAUGCCCAGACCCGCUCCUGAGCCUGCACCCGAGCCCGCACCCCUCGAUGGACCUGUUAUUGACUUCGUCACGGGCGCAGGUUUGAUUGCUGUGAAAGCCUGCACUGACUUGCUUGCAGCUUGGGCAACUCCAAGAAUAUCCAAAGUCGAACCUCCGCCAGACUACGAUGCCAUCUGGAAAUCUAGCGAAGAGGACAUCGUCAAGGUAAUUAAAUGCAUGGAGUCAAAUCCGGGAGUGGAACAGAACCAGAAACUGCUGGGAUAUCUCAGAGAUUCGGAAGCGCGUCUCUACUUGCUUGGAGUAAAGAGACGAAACGCCAUGGCAGUAAAAUCCAAGGCAAAUGAAAAAGCCGACAUAUUCAAAAAGUACACGGGACAACUAGACGUCCUGGCGGACUCGCUCAACAAGGCGCUGACGACAGGACAGCCGCCCGAUAUCGCUGCGUCCCCGCAGGCGUUGAACACGGCGACGAGCCAGGCGCAGGGCGGCCGACCCCCGAGCUCACAGGGUUCCUCGUCGCCGCCGGGCGGGUCAAGCAACGCCCUGUCCGGCGGCGCCUGGAAUAGUCGGCCGGGCAACAAGGGAUUGCAGCGGGGUAAUACCCUGUCCGUCCUCGAAAAGGGCCUAACAGGCGGCAUCUCGACGUCGCCGCAGCCGCCGCACCCGUUGCAGCGCGUGGACACGUCCGCGUCGGCGGGAUCUUCUACGUCGGUCUCUGUCCCCCGGCCGGCUCCUAAUCUUGCUUAG